CGGCGUACCGCCAUUUGGUUCAAGGUAGCAGCUUUGGAGCACCAUACCCAUUUUCACUUUUCAGUUUUCAGCAAUAGCAGAGACAGAAGAUUGAGCCAAAGCGAAAGAUGAUGGAAGUAGUAGUAGCCCCUGAAGCUUCCUUCUUCGUCUUCAUCCAUAAGGGUUUAAAUCGAAGAACAGCAGUACCAGAAGCUGCCGUUCGGAAUUUAUCCUUCAAGACACCAUCUUUUUACCAUGGAGUGGGAUGCAAUAGCGCUAAUGGAUACAUAGGAAGAACAUGUAGGAGCUCUCAACCUGUUCAUGCUUUGGUAUCAGAAGAUGUUGGGGUGUCAUCAUCUCGAAUUGGGGAUUUCCGGGUCAUUACUACAAGUACCGACGAUUCGACUGUGAUGAAGGUAAAUGUAGAGGUUUCAGGCACCAAAACGAGAGCCAUUUUCGAUGAUGUUUUCGACAGAAUGGUGGAAGCUGCACAGCCGAUUCCAGGCUUUCGUAGAGUGAAAGGAGGAAAAACACCAAAUAUUCCUAGAGACAUAUUGCUCGAAAUCCUUGGGGCUUCCAGAGUAUAUAAAGAAGUCAUUAAGAAGGUCAUAAACUCCGCCAUGGCAGAGUACGUUGACAAGGAAGGUUUAAAAGUGGGUAAAGAUCUGAGAGUUGAGCAAAGCUUUGAGGAUCUUGAAGAAGCUUUCAGUCCAGGGGAGAAGUUCAGCUUCGAUGCAGUUCUAAGACUUCAGUCUGGGGCCGAUUGAACAGACAUCUUAUUGGGAAGUGUAUGUGGUUUGUAUGCAUGGAGAACCAUACCAUUUUUGCCAUCUUAAUCUAGAAGCCAUUAAUGCUCCGUAUUGUUAUGCAGGCUUGUUGUAUUUUUUAGGUUAAAUACACUUGUAUAUCCAAAACUUUCACGGUUGUGCCAAUAAUAUCCAAAUUUCCUGAAAUACCACUUAUAUCCAAUUCCUUCACAUUCUUUAAAGGUGUUUUUGGAUAUACAAGUGUAUUUAACCAAAAAUAUAUUGGGAAAUGGAUUGAUUUGGCAAAGAACAACUUUAAAACAUGAAUAUAAGUGGUAUUUUGGGAAAUUUGGAUAUUAUUGGCACAACCGUGAAAGUUUUGGAUAUACAAAUGUAUUAAACCUAUUUUUUAUUAGGUGAAAUACCUUGUGAGCACCACCAAAGUAUGUGAAGUUAAAAAUCUAAUACCUCGACGAUAAAUAAAACUAUGUUCCACCACAUCAACCCUGCCACUAGCAUAAUAGAGGAUAGGGUGACGAUCCUCUUCCUGAAUUCCACUAGUAUUUAUAUACAAAUUUGGAACGUUGUAGAUGGUAAUACUAAUUCUUUUGUCUAGUAGAUUAACAAACCUAAUUAAGUAAUCUAAUAAUGAUUGGUAAUAGACAAAAUUGAAUUAU